GGCAAAUCGCAGAACAUACUGGUCUCCCUCUCUCUCUUUCCACGGAUAUAAGAAAUGGCUCCCGUCAAGACCACCACCGUCAAGAAGUCCAAGUUCGUCAUUGACUGUUCGGCUCCCGCCAACGACAAGAUCUUUGAUGCCGCUGCCUUCGAGAAGUUCCUUCACGACCGCAUCAAGGUUGAGGGCCGCACCAACAACUUGGGCGAGGCUGUUGUCAUCUCCCGUGGUGCCGACAACAAGAUCACCGUUGUCGCCAACAUUGCCUUCUCCAAGCGCUACUUGAAGUACUUGACCAAGAAGUUCUUGAAGAAGAACCAGAUCCGCGAUUGGUUGCGCGUCAUUGCCACCGACAAGCAGACCUUCGAGCUCCGUUACUUCAACAUUGCCAACGAUGAGGCUGAGGAGGAUGAAGAGUAAAUUAUUACUUAAUAGCUCUCUUGUCAACACACUAAAAAGGUCAAUCGAAAUAAAUCUUUGAAUGAUACUUGUACCCUCAAAAGCAGAAUUUGGCGUGGGGC